AUGCUCGCAAUCGCGGGGGCGCCGAUGGGGGUGCGGUUGAAAGCGCUGGAUCCGACGGAGCGCGCGCCGGCGUCGAUCGCGGCGACGCAGGUGGUGGGGAGUUUUAGGGAUAAGGCGGCGGUGAAGGCGUUCGCGGAGACGUGCGAUGUGGUGACGGUGGAGAUUGAACACAUCGACGUGGAGGCGCUGCGAGAGCUGAGCGCGGCGGGCGUGGACGUGCAGCCGACGCCGGAGACGUUGGCGACGAUUCAGGAUAAGUAUGCGCAGAAGGUACACUUCACGAACGCCGGGGUCCCGCUCGGGCCGUACGCGGAUUGCCCGAAUGAAGCCGCGUUGCAGAGCGCGGCGAGCGAGUUUGGGUUUCCGCUCAUGUUAAAGUCCAAGCGUUUGGCGUACGACGGGCGCGGGAACGCGGUGGCGAAGACCGCCGCGGAUUUGGCCGAUGCGGUGGCGAAGUUGGGUGGGUUUGAACAAGGGUUGUAUUGCGAGAAGUGGGUGCCGUUUGAGAAGGAAUUGGCGGUGAUGGUGGUGCGCGCCAAGAAUGGGGAGACGCGGGCGUACCCCGUCGUCGAAACCGUUCACGAAAACAAUAUUUGCGACACGACGACGACGCCGGCGCCGAUUCCGAAUAAAGUUGCCGAAGCGGUGCAAGCGGCGGCGAAGCGAGCGAUCGGGUCUUUCACGGGUGCGGGGAUCUUUGGCGUCGAGCUCUUCCUCCUCAAGGAUGGCUCGAUUUUGCUCAACGAGUGCGCGCCGAGACCGCACAACAGCGGUCACUACACCAUCGAAGGCUGCGCGUGCUCGCAGUACGAAAAUCACUUGCGCGCCAUUUUGGGUUGGCCCUUGGGUGACACCUCGCUCAAGGUUGGCGGGGCGGUGAUGAAGAAUAUUUUGGGAGACGGCGACGGCGACGAGGCCAUGGGCCGGGCGCACCGUCUCAUGGGCGCCGCGCUAGCGACUCCCGGUGCGAGCAUUCACUGGUACGAAAAGCCUGACAUGAAGCUCGCGCGCAAGAUGGGUCACCUCACCGUCGUCGGCCCGAGCGCGGCGGUGGCGACGGAGCGUCUGGACACGCUUUUGCGCGCCGCGAGCGGGGACAAGACGCCGCCGAAGAAGGCGGCUCAAGUCGGCAUCAUCAUGGGUUCCGACAGUGACUUGCCCACGAUGAGCGCCGCUGCGGAGGUCCUCGAAUCUUUCGGCAUCGGUUGCGAAGUCACCGUCAUUUCGGCGCACAGAACGCCCGAGCGUAUGAACGAGUACGCGAGAAGCGCGCACACGCGCGGCUUGCGCGCCAUCAUCGCCGGCGCCGGCGGCGCCGCGCACUUACCCGGCAUGGUCGCCGCCAUGACCCCUCUUCCCGUUAUCGGCGUCCCAGUCCCGCUCAAGUAUCUCGACGGCAUGGAUUCCUUGCUCUCCAUCGUUCAAAUGCCCAAAGGCGUUCCCGUGGCGACGGUGGCCAUCGGCAACAGCGCCAACGCCGGUCUCAUCGCCGCUCGCAUCGUCGCCGCGUUCGAGCCCGACGUGUGCUCUAAAAUGUUAGCGUACCAAGACGACAUGGAGAACGUCGUGUUGAACAAGGCGAGCAAGCUCGAAGAGCUCGGUUACGGCGCCUAUCUCGACCAAAUGUAA